AAAACAGUCAAAAUCAAAAAAGAAAUAAAUAAAAUGAAACAAGACAUUAAAAAAGUCAACAAUAAAAGCCUGAAUAACAAAAGUAAGAAAAAUUGUAUCACAAGAUGCGUGGAACGAAAUAUGAUUGAAAAACAAUAUACUCCAGUUCUAAACAUAGAAAACGACAGCUUAAACAGCAGGAGAAAUACCUUGGUUAAAAAGAUAAUUCCAGCUACAAUUACAAUUAAAGAAGAUAACUCUAGGCUUUAUGAAAAGAAUAACGAUAAGAAUUCCAGUACGGACAAUAAAGAUAUUCAAGUCCAAAAGUUGAUAGAGAAUGAUUUUCAUAAUUUAAUGACCCCUAACAGAGUAAAUACUGUUGAAAAGCCGUAUUCAUGUAAUUUGUGCGGUAAGAGUUAUAAGAAAUCUAGUCAAUUGAAGAUACAUACUAGACUACAUACUGGUGAAAAGCCAUACUCGUGUGAGGUAUGUGAUAAGAGUUUCAAUCAAAUAAGUGAUUUAAAGAGACAUAAUUUAACACAUACUGGUAAAAAGAUGUACUCGUGUAAUGUUUGUGGCAAGACUUUUAAUGUAUCUUAUAAUUUAAAGACACAUAAUAGAAUCCAUACUGGUGAAAAGCCCUAUACAUGUAAUGUGUGUGGUAAGAGUUUUAAUCAGUCAAAGUCUUUGAAGAUACAUAUUAGGGUUCAUACUGGUGAAAAGCCAUACUCAUGUGAUAAAUGUGGUAUGAGUUUCAAUCGCUCUGAUGGAUUGAAGAGACAUGAUACAAUACAUACAGGUGAAAAGCAGUACUCUUGUAAUGUAUGUGGUAAGAGUUUUAAUACUUCUAGUAAUUUGAAGAGACAUAACACGAUACACAACAAGGAAAUGAUCUAUUCUUGUAAAUUAUGUGGUGAAAGUUUCAACAAAUCUGCCGACUUGAAGUUACAUAACACAAGAAUACAUGUCGGGGAAAAGCCCUAGGGUCCAAACAGUCUAGUGACUUGCGACUCAUAGCACAUGUACUUAGGCUAUGGUCUCCUAUUUUACGCCAUACGCGACGUCUCGUUAUGCCGUACGCUGCGUCACAAUGCUUACUAUAUAAAUGUACUGUAGUGAUCUCUUCAACACGUUGACGCCGUACGCAGCAUCCGAACACCGUGCGCCGCGUCUCUAUCCAUUUCGAUCCAUUGCAGCGUGAAGGUCGUCGCUCGCGACACACGAAAUGAUGAGGCGUGAUAAAGGAAAAGACGAGUUGUUGACUGAAUCAGUAAAAUGUUAUAAUGCAGUGUGUGAUAAAAGUGGCAAGAAUCAUAAAUCAAUAUUUAGAAGCAUCAAUGUUGGGUAACGAGUAGCCACUGAGCCACCUGCGUCACAGCAGACGUAUUGACCGCCGACCAUUCUCGUGUGAGGUAUGCGUCCAGGCGUUGGAAGCCACGGAAUGGAACGUCGACGCCAACGCUAGGCAAUUCAGCUGUAUUUAAAUAUGACAAACAGAAUAUCUGUUCUAACUUGUCUUACACUUUUGGAAAAUAUCCAUCGAAAUUGUAAUAUUGUACAAAAGAUGAAGAAAAUGAAAUCUUUAGCGAAAAUCGAACAAACUUACAAUGUGGAUAUCCUUAAUAUUUGUUUUUCGUCUUUCAUUUUGAUGCAGUGCAUAAAUAAUUGUUAUAUAAAAAGGCAGUUUUUAU